GCCGCGACAACUGGUGCAAUGGCUGCAGCAGGGGCAUCUGGCCCAAGCUUUCCGCAGUGACAUGCUGCUCCUUCUCUACGAGGCAGCCAGAGACUUCAAGUGCGUCGGGGGCAUGCUGUUUCCUGUCGUUUGCUUUGCAUACUGGCCGCUGCUGAUGCUGCUGACGUUGAUCGCAUGUGUCUUGCCCGCCCAGCGGGUGGAAGACGAAGCACUGUCACUGUCGCAGUUGAGGCUUCAAGCGGUGCUUGUGCUGGCACUUGUCAUGGGUGGCAUUCUUGGUGGAGUGGUGUGGAG